CGUGAUCUUCACUCCUGGCUGUUAGUACCUGAAGAAGAAGCACUAGGACUACAAUGACUUGCAGAAAUGCCUCCAGAAACAUGAAGCACUUCACUCAAGAUAAUGAGGUCAAACACACAACAGUGCAGGCCGGCACUGCUCAGUUAACUCUUUGCCAUAUUUAUUUAUUUACAAGUAAUUAUUAUUGUAUUUCAUUGAUUUGCAUUACAUUUGAGGUAAAAAUGCAGUGCAAGAGCCUGAAAACAGUAUUUCGAGUCAGCUGAGGUGAAGAUGGAGAAGACUUGGGAGGUGAUAUUUGAUGAUUGAUUUAAAUAUGAUGUGAUGCACAAAAGACUGAGGUAGUGAUCACACUAGUAUUGGAGCACAGAUAAAAAAAAAGAGAGUUCUUGAUGGCAUGGUUGAUCAAAUGAUCAAUUCCUUUGCCUCUUUAGGCUAAGGGGAAGAAAAAUUGAAGAUGUAGAUGAUGGCGUUGUGUGGAAGACUUUGUUUUCUGGAAUGGUUGGUGUAGCAUGCUCUGACGGCGCGCGCGCGUGUAAGAGUGUGUGUGUGUGUGUGAGUGAGUGAGUGAGAGAGAGAGAGAGAGAGAGAGAGAGUGAGAGAGAGAGAGAGAGAGAGAGAUCUCGGUGUUCGGGCAUCCCCCCAUGGUCAAGGACGAGGAUGUGCUUGUGUAAUGAGAGAGGAAGUGGAUGGUGGGCUCCAAGUGAAGCGUCCAGGCUUGACCGCGUUGAAAGAGUGGAAUGACUGCUCGAUCUGGCGAAUGAAUUUUGUAUUUAUUUAUUAUUGUGAUUAUUCUUUUGCCCGCGUUCGGAAGGCGAAGUUGACGCAGUGAGCGGAGUUGUGGCUCAGGACGCCGGGACACUGCGGCUGCAGUCAGGGAGCUGCUCCCCGGGAUUUCAGUACAGGCCUCUGAAUGAAGUGAGCUCAGAUGGACCGCAUGAAGAUCAUUAAGAGGCGCUUGUCUAUGAGUCUGCGCAGCGCCCGGCCAGUGGACGAGAACCUGUCUGAACUUGCAGAACAGGCAGCAACAGACGAGCCACCAACGUCACAGGAAAAUGAGUCCAUGGUUUGCCCCGUGCCCCCUCCCGCAUCCCAAAGUGCCCCUUCGUUCUUGCGCCACUACGCAGGGGGUUUGGGGCGCGGCGCGAUGCGUAGAGACGGCCUGGACCGACCCUACCUUUCUCUUCACCGGACUGGCUCUCUUGGCAUAGUGCAUGAAAAUGUGAAAAUGGGGUCAGACGGCGAGAGCGAUCAGGCAUCAGGGACUUCAUCCGAUGAGGUGCAGAGUCCUGUCCGAGUGCGAAUGCGUAACAACCAUUCACGGCGCAUCUGCAAUGAGGACAUUAAUAAGCGUCUAUCACUGCCAGUGGAUAUCCGUUUGCCAGAGGGUUAUCUGGAGAAAUUUGCUAUGAACAGCCCUCCGUUCGAUAAACCCUUAAGUCGGAGGCUGCGGCGAGCUUCAUUGUCUGAAAUUGGCUUUGGGAAACUGGAGACAUACAUCAAAUUGGACAAACUCGGAGAAGGAACCUACGCAACAGUGUAUAAGGGGCGUAGUAAACUGACUGAUAAUCUGGUGGCUCUAAAGGAGAUUCGGCUGGAGCAUGAAGAAGGUGCACCAUGCACUGCUAUUCGUGAAGUUUCCCUCCUGAAAGAUUUAAAACACGCAAACAUUGUCACUCUGCAUGACAUCAUUCACACGGACAAGUGCCUAACCCUGGUCUUUGAGUACCUGGAGAGAGAUCUAAAGCAGUAUAUGGAUGACUGCGGGAGCAUCAUGUGUGUUCAUAAUGUCAAAAUUUUCCUUUUCCAGCUGUUGCGUGGAUUAGCAUAUUGUCAUAGUCGCAAGAUUCUACACAGAGACUUGAAACCCCAAAAUCUGCUCAUUAAUGAAAGGGGAGAGCUCAAACUUGCUGAUUUUGGAUUGGCUCGAGCCAAGUCUGUACCAACAAAGACAUAUUCUAAUGAGGUGGUCACACUAUGGUACAGACCACCUGAUGUGUUACUAGGGUCCACAGAGUACUCCACUCCUAUUGACAUGUGGGGCGUUGGCUGUAUAUUCUAUGAGAUGAUUACAGGGCGGCCCCUGUUCCCUGGGUCUACAGUAGAGGACGAACUUCAUCUCAUAUUUCGUAUUCUUGGCACUCCUACUGACGAGACCUGGCCAGGGGUCUGCAGCAGUGAAGAGUUUAGGAACUAUAACUUCCCUCGAUAUCGCCCUGAACCUCUUGUCAAUCAUGCGCCCAGGAUAGACAGUGAUGGUGAUGAUUUAAUUUUGCAGUUGCUAAAGUUUGAGGCAAGGCAGCGUAUCUCAGCCGAUGAUGCUCUCAGGCAUCCCUACUUCAAGAGUUUGGGACCGCAAGUUCAGCACCUAGCUGACACGGCCUCCAUCUUUUCUGUGAAGGAGAUGCAGCUUCAAAAAGACCCAGGAAAGCGUACAAUAACAUACUCGGAGUCAGCAAUGCCCCAUAAGAUGGGUCCCAUGCGUUUGGAAUAUUUGCAGAGAGAAGGAGCAAAGUUGAAUCCAGCUUCCUCUCCUCCUUCUACUGGCUGACUCAUAAUACCACUCUGCCCAGGGGAAGUCCCGUCGACAGAGUGUAUUGUUUUAGAAAUGGGUCAGAACUGAAGACAUCAAACCUAAUGCACAAACACAAUACUUAACCCCACCACAACAAAAGGAGGAAGAACCUGAACCCUAGCACCAUUUAAAGGAGGAAAAAAGACAAACAGUUGAUCUGAGGAAAUCUUCACUACACAGUCAAGAAAUAGGAUUGCACUCUUCAAUAUGAAAUGGAAUAGCUUCACUUAUAACACAUAUACAACUUGUGAAGGAACGUUAGAAUCAUCUAGAGCCGCUCGUAAGGAUGCCUAAGUUUAUUCUUAUAAUCAAAGUGACUGACAUAAAGAAAGAGGAGACAAAUCAAGGACACUUGCAUCACACAGAGGGGAUAGUAAUAUACUUUAAUGCAGGUCAUGCUGUGCAGCCUGCAUUCAUUUAUAUGAAACUUAGCAGUAUACCUCAUUCCUUUCCAUGCAUCCAGCAUUCAUUUACACAUGUGGUUGUCCAUUUUAGUGUGUAUAUCGGCAUGCUGGGAAGAUUAGUUGGAGUCUCUCUUUGUGUGUGUGCGUGUGCAUUAUGUUUAAAACCUUUUAAUAUUUUAGGGACGUCUCUACCCCUACAUGACAUACACACUGCUGUGCUGGUACAAACUGUGGUUUCAACUAACCAUGGCACCUUACACUAGUUAAGCUCAGGCUGUCUUCUGUAAAUUCAUAACUAACUAAAUGAGCUAGGAGGAUGCGAGGCUGAAAGACGAUAUGGGCAUGACACUGAAUUUUGCAGUGCAUGAUCAGCAAUGCUGUUUUUAUAGUGUGCACUAUGUGACAAAUCUGAACACUUUGUUUGGAUGCUGUCCCAAACAGGAAAGGGUAUUACAAGACUGAAAAGUAUUACGCGAUUUCAAAAGUGCUCGCUAAACGGUACUCGUGUGUAUGCAAGUGAGACUUUCUUUUAAUGCAUGUUCUCUGAUUAUUCAUCGCUUCUUAUACUGUGCCCUCCAUAAUUAUAUGGGCUCCUCAUAAACAUGAGCAAAAAUGCAUAAAUAAAUAGGACAGCACAUGCAAUAAGUUAUGAGCUAAAAAAAUUAAACAUGCAGGGAUCAAUUGUUUUUGAUUUUCUUUUUACCUUUUAUUACAUUUCUUUUCUUCUGAAUGUUUUAAGUAGGACGUAUUUUCUAUAAAAUACUGCUUUUAACAUGUUCAGCAUCUUCAAGUUAGUUUGUGUUGAGUUUCUUACUGUAAAUUUAAACAAGAUUGGAGAGGGAUGUUUGUUCACUCCUCCCUGGAAAAUGUUUAAAGUUCAAUAUUUGUAGGCUUGUGCAUACACACUUUCUUUUGAAGUGAGACCACAUGUUUUCAGUAGGGUUUAAAUACAAAGACUGCAAACCAUUGCUUUUAAACCAUUCCUGUAUUGAUCUGGAAGUAGGUAUGGCCAAGUCUGAGAAUCAGUAAGGAUUUCAGCUGAAAUAUCCCUGUACUUAGCAGAUUUCAUAAAGUCACAAGGGUCCCAAGGUAUCACUGAUCCACUGCCAUCCUGGAUAAGAUGCUCAGAAAGUGUAUCAGAUGCUUUUUCCUAUUUUACAGUCUUCUGUUGACAAACAUGCUGUUUCUGUUGAAUCUCUUCUCAUCUUGCUAUGACACAUGAUACAAGUUAUUCUACUUGAAUUUUAUAGAAUAAUUUUGUGAUCAAGAUUGUCUCAUAAAGGAUUUUUUUCCCCUUCAAACUAUUCAAAACAGCUCAUUAUAAAAGUGUCAAAUUUGACAAUCAAAAAAUCUAUUCUAAAUCUGUGAUAUAAGCUGUUUUUCUUUUGUUUUGUUUUUUUAUUAUUUGAGACAUCCACCUCCUAACAGUGUGCAAAUGGCUUCAAAUAGAGUGAAAUGUUUUUUUUUUCUUUUCUGAUUUUGUACAGCUAAACAACCUUGACUCACAUGUGCUGAAAGUUCUCAUCGUAUGGCUUCUAUUUCUUUUGACAGGAAAUAUUAUUUAAGAAAUUAGGUCCAAUGAAAUGGUUCUCAAAUUCUUCUGUUGUUUGAAUUGAAAGUUGUUCCUUUUUUUCUACAUUAAUUUUUGCUCAAUUUUUUAUUUUCUGACAGAGGGCCAAUAAUUGUGGUGGGCACUGCAACUUCAUGAUGACUGGUUUUCCUUUUUUUUUUUUUCUUUUUUUUUUCCUUCUUACCCAACACCACUGAACUAAGAUUCCUUUUUUUUCCUGUUUAUAUAUAUAUAUAUAUAUAUAUAUAUAUAUAUAUAUAUAUAUAUAUAUAUAUAUAUAAUAUCAAUCAAUCCAUUUUUUAUUCAGGUGCAUUUAGUGUGACUGUAAUGAAAAACACCUUUAUUUUACUUAUAAGUACCAAUAUCAUUAAGUCAUAAAUCAGGGAUCAUGUUUCCUCUAUUGGUUCAGGACGCCUGAACAAUACAGGAGGCAGCUGACAGUUCAGAUGAUCUUCAUAUUACAGUAUGUUUGUGGAAACUCACAAAUUAUGUGUGUGAGGUGAGCAUUUCUACUGUGAGUUAUGUGCACUGGUGAAACACUACUCAGUUGCUUAGCAAAGCCAAGGACUAAAUUGUUUCAAUUAAUUGUUUUAUUUAUUUUUAUAGAUUUUUUUUACAUUAAUUUUUCAUCUUGCAAUACUAAAGAAACGAACACAUGACUAAAAAUGCACAGAAUGUUCGAUUGCCUUACAUGUUCGGCCAAAAAUAAUUUAUAAUUUGGAAUUGGCCAAAUGAGUAAUAAUGUGGAAUAUUAUGUCUCACUGUUUUGUGUGUUUGUUUUGUUUUGUUUUGUUUAGUUUUUUUCCCCCUCCCCAAAUUCGUCUAUAACAGCAAUAUAGUUGCAUCGCUUAAUAAAUAGAUUAUACAAAGAACUGUAGAGUUCAGUCAAUGUAAAAUAAUUAUGUUGAAAAAAAAAGAUUUUGCGAAAUGCACAAGAGUUUUAUCCUUCUGUUCUGCUUUGCUUUUUGAAGCAUUGGAAAUUCUGCUCAUCUCCUUAAAUCUGUGUAUUUUUAAAUGA